AUGACGUCCCAUAAUCGCACCUCAACAUUAGACGGACUCCCCAAACAAUUCGUCACCGCAAUGCGCACCCUUUUCGACAUUAUGGACGAUAAAAAAACUGGUUACGUAAAUUUUUCCGACAUAGAGAACAGAUGGCAAGACGAUGAGUCGAAAGGUUUGCCCAAGGGCGUCUUGGAAAGUCUCAGGAAAGUUACACCUCCAAAUGGGAUGUUAUCAUUCGAAAGAUUCUGCGCUGGUCUUAAAAUAUGCCUCUUAAGGAAUCAGGUGGAACAAAGACAAAGGACAACGGAGCCUGCAGGAGUACAAUCCCAACAAAAUAGACCCCCCAGUGCACCCUUAUUAGACAUAGAUACAUCUCCUCAACCUCCUACUUGGAAUAACGUCCCGUCAAUCAGGCCUAAUCCUCAACAACAUCAACAACGAACGCUGAGUAUGCCUCAACUGUUAGGAGAACGUAAUAAAAAUAAAGAUGUUGGAGAGUCCGUUGAAAACAUGCAUGGAUUUGAAAAAUCUACAGUAAACAAACCGGCGCUGUAUGGUCCCCCCAAACCCCCCCGAUCGGCUCUGAAUGUGGGCAUCACCAAUGUUGACCGAGCGGAAAUACGAACUGCCUUACAGAACUGGCAAAUGGGUUUGAUGCUGAAUGAUCAGGACGGCAAAUCUGGAAAGCGAUCUCCUCAAUAUAACGCAAUCCCUCCGCGUACUUCUGGAAGAGGUUUAGGUGAUGGGAAGGCGUCAACCCAAACAGAUGUACCCGCAUCUGGAGGUAUAUACCAAAAAAAGCCAAACAACAGAAGACGAGAACCCAGAAGACACACUUUACAAAAUGGAAUAGAUUACAAUAUGCUUAAAAGAAUGAAGCAGAUAGAACAAGAAAAAGAUGUACUAAUGUCGGGAUUAAAUGCUAUUGAAAAGGCUAGGGAUUGGUAUUUAAAACAAAUUGCUGUUGUACAAGAAAAAAUGAAAUACUUGGGUCGAAUGGGUCACGUGGAGCAGUGGACAGAGGCUCAACAGGAACGAUUAGAGCUUCAACGAGCAAGGGUUUUGGAAGUUAACAGGCAUUUAGCUGCUUUAACAGAUAGUUGGGAGAGGGGUGGUUUACCCCUACAUAUGAACUUAGCUGUACACCAUUACCCCCAAGUGCAUCAGCAACAUGAUCUCAGUCGAGAUAUUACCGCAAGAUUAAAACAGCAAAACCAUCUUCUCACGGAGGAAGUUAAUAAGAAAAGUGAUAGGAUAUCGGUGCUAGAACGGGAAAAAGCUGGUCUUAUCAGAGAACUGCUACAGAUAAGGGCAAAUCAAAGAAGUGGUCAAGAAGAAGCAGUUUUCUAGAAUAAGUUAUAUGUACUGUAAACUAUUUAAAAUUAGAAACGUUUCCACAUUCAAAUGCCAUUGUGGUAAUGAUAAAACCACUUUUAGGCCAUAUCCAAAAAGACUGUUACGCUCUUUGUAUUAAUUAAAAACCUUUUAUGUGUGUGUCAUAUUAGGUAAUUAAAGACGGCCAUUUUAAAUAAAUUACAUUGUUAUCCUAUC